AAAAAAAUCUUACUGUUAAUAAAUAAAUAAGAGAAUGACUUUUUGAUUUCUGAUCAGAUUCUCUGCGCAACAAAGAAUUUCGACAUUUGUGUUCAACUGCUCAACGCUACAUUGCGUUUGAGAUGAUCGAGAACUCAGAGAGAGGACAAAUGGCGACUAUGAAUGAACACAUAGUCUGGAAUGAGCCACAAAUAACUUCGAUAACUCAUCAAACAGAUCGUCUUAAGACUUUAUAUCCUAUGGUUAAUGAAAAUGAAACACCUCUUCCACGAUCAUGGAGCCCUAAAGAUAAAUUUACUUAUAUUGGCUUGUCCCAAAAUAAUUUAAGAGUGCACUACAAAGGAUCUGGUAAAAACCAUAAAGAUGCUGCUAGUGUGCGUGCUACACAUCCAAUCCCUGCUGCUUGUGGUUUAUAUUAUUUUGAAGUGAAGAUAGUUAGCAAGGGUCGAGAUGGUUAUAUGGGAGUUGGUCUUUCUGCUCAAGGAGUAAAUAUGAAUAGACUUCCAGGCUGGGACAAACAUUCAUAUGGUUACCAUGGUGAUGAUGGACAUAGCUUCUGCUCUAGUGGUACUGGUCAACCCUAUGGGCCUACUUUUACUACUGGGGAUGUGAUUGGUUGUGGUGUGAAUCUCAUUGACAACACGUGCUUUUAUACAAAAAAUGGUCAUCAUUUAGGCAUUGCUUUUACUGAUCUUCCGCCAAAUCUUUAUCCCACUGUUGGUCUUCAAACACCUGGGGAAGUAGUAGAUGCUAAUUUUGGGCAGUCUCCUUUUGUCUUUGAUAUAGAAGAUAUGAUGAAAGAAUUGAAGAGGCGCACAAGACUUACCAUAGAACGUUUUCCUGUAAUUGAUAAACAGGGAGAGUGGCAGACUACAUUACACAGAAUUGUACAGACAUAUCUGGUACAUCAUGGCUAUUGUUCCGCAGCUGAAGCAUUUGCUCAAAGCACUGGUCAAGCUUUCACAGAAGAUGUCAAAUCUAUCAAAAAUAGACAAAGAAUUCAAAAACUAGUUCUUGCUGGACGUAUGGGAGAAGCAAUACAAACUACUCAAAAUUUAUAUCCUGGCCUUUUGGAACAAAAUCCUAAUUUAUUAUUUAUGUUGAAAUGUAGACAAUUUAUUGAAAUGGUUAACGGAACUGACAGUGAAGUCCGUCCCACCAAAAGUCCUCGUUCACAGAGCAAUUCUCCAAAUAUGAGUCCUAACUACUCCAAUGUAUACUUUCACCAUAGGCCAGCAAAUUUAUCCACAUGUACCUCCCCGGUGGUGUCCACCACAUCUCCAAGUCGCAGUCCUCACAAUUCCCCAUUCAUUUCACCCAAAUCCUCUUCCCUGCCAGUGACUAUAGAAAACAAUGUAAAUAACAAUGUGACUGUGAGUCUGUCUUCUAUAGAAGAAAUGAAUGCAGCCAAUCGGGUGAUGAAUGGGGAGGUUUUAAAUGGCAAUUCCGAGGUGACUUCCUCAAACUUUAUCCAUUCAGAUGCUGAUGUUGAAAUGGAGAAUUUAGAUACUGUAAAUGAUAAUGCUGAUAGGACUUUGCCUUAUACAACAAAUGGAACUGUGAUAUCUUAUCACAAUAAAGAUGAAAUUGAAAGUAAUCAAGAAAAAACUGGGAAUGAAAUGGACAUUGAUGCACCUUCAAAUAGGAAGCAAGUGUGUGGUGGCAGCCAAGCUGCUAUUGAAAGAAUGUUAAAUUUUGGUAGGGAGCUUCAUUCAAUGAGUGUACAGCUAAAGAGAGAUUUUGGUAGUAAUUCUACAAAUAAAAAAAUGUUACAGGAUGCUUUUAGUCUUUUAGCAUAUGCAGACCCAUGGGCAAGUCCUGUUGGUUUCCAGUUAGAUCCUGUACAAAGAGAGCCUGUAUGUGCUUCAUUAAACAGUGCAAUUCUUGAGUCCCAGAACUUACCACGCCAGCCUCCUCUUGAGGUAGCGAUAGCCCAUACUCAAGAACUUGUAAAAUUAAUGUCAAAAGCUGGACUGGGAUCAUGUGCAUUUACUAAUCUUGAUGACCUGUUACAAUGAUUCGAGGCUAAUACUAAAACUUUGCCAUUUAGGGAGUCCAGAAGUACUGAGAGCCACGCUGCUCAUUAUUACGACCAAUCGGGUCAUCUCAUACAAGAGGGUAGUAUUUCCCUCCAAUCACACCUAUAUUUCAUUUCAAAUAUACUUCGACUCUUGGCAACAAGUUUGUAGGGCAAUGUUAUAGCAUCAUUGCUAUUUAGCUAUGGUGAUUGAAAUUUAAACUCAAGCUAACCAGUGUUUAAACUAACUGUACUGGAGCUGGGGUGAAUAUUUAUAUUUAUCUUGAAUUUUGUUGACUCUAUGCAGAAAGCUUAAUGUGUGCCGCCAUCAGAGUGUAAAUAAUAUAUAAUACUGAAUUAUAUUUUGAAAAUGAUUAUUAUCACUUUGUUCGUUAAUAAGGAGACGUUUUGUUUUCUUUGUUUUGCUUCGGCCAUGCAAAAAGUAUAUUGGAUUCUAUCUAGACUGGUUUGUCUGUAGGAAUGUUUAAGAAGAAAAAAAAUAAUGAUUAUAUUGCAUGAAAUUAGUUCAGAUAAAUAUUUGUGAUUGGCAUAUAUUUCGAGAAAAUCGUUUUUAUCUUUUAUGCAAAUUUAUUAUCUCUGUUAUGUGAUUUAUGAUGUAAAAAUUUUAUAUUUUUCUUUUUACAUUUCAUUCUAAAAUGUGCUAAUAGAAAAAGAAAUUAAUAAAUUAUGUUGUAAAAGCGCUUGAAGGGAUGUGAUGUAAGAUCCACAACUUUUUAAGUAAAUAAAAUAAUUUUAAUGCA